GCUCGCCGAGCGGUUCGUGCUCGUCGGCGACCACUUCCAGCUGCCGCCGCUCGUGACGGAGCCGACGGCCGGAGAGCGCGGCAUGGCGACCUCCCUCUUCUCGCGGCUGUGCCAGGCGCACCCCGCCGCCGUCUGCCGGCUCCGGAUGCAGUACCGGAUGGCGGCCGACAUCAUGGCCAUCUCGUCGCAGCUCGUCUACUCGGGCGAGCUCGUCUGCGGCUCCCCGGCGGUGGCCAACGCGACGCUCAACCUGCCGCGGCUCGGCCACGUCCGCGCCGCGCUCGCUCUCCCGCCGUGCCGGCAGGCGGGAGGCGCGUGGGACGGGGCUCGCUCGUGGGCGGCGGCGGCGGCCGGCGGCGCGGGCGCAGAGUCGGAGGCGCGCGGGCUCGGGCGGCGGGCGGAGUGGCUGCGGCUCGCCAUCCUGCCGCAGCACCGCGUGGUCUUCCUAGACACGGACGCCAUGCCCGCGACAGAGGCGCGAGUCCAGGCGGGGAGGCGAGGCAACGUCUACAACCCGCUCGAGGCGGACCUUCUCGUGCAGCUCCUCGCCUGGCUGAGCGCGUGCGGCGUGGAGCCGGCGCGGAUGGCGUACCUCUCUCCGUACCGCGCGCAGCUCAAGGCCGUGGCCGAGCGGCUGCCUCCGCCGCUGCGCGGGGUGGAGGCCCUCACCAUCGACAAGGGGCAGGGGCGCGACUUCGAGUGCCUGCUCCUCUCCAUGGUGCGCAGCAACGCCGACGGCGCCACCGGCAGCCUGCUCGCCGACUGGCGGCGGCUCAACGUCGCCUUUAGCCGCGCCAAGCGCAAGCUGCUGGUCGUCGGCUCGCGCCGCACGCUGCAGCAGUCGCCGAUGCUCGCCUCCUUCCUCGAGAUGGCGGACCAGCGCGGCUGGUGCUUGCAGCUGCCGCCCCGCGCGCACCAGCUCUACCCCAUGCCGCCGCUGCCCGCCGGCGAGCCCGCGCCGCCCGCGUCGCCCGCGCCGCCCGCGCCACCCGCGCCGCCCGCACAACAAGGCAGCGGCCGCAGGCACGGCGCGGGCCACGCACCGCCGCCGCCGCCGAUCGUGCCCGACAACAUGCCAAUCACGGCAAACCUCGUGCACGAGAUCCACCAGGUGGCGCCGGCGCGCGUCCCAGGAGGCGGCGGCCAGAGGGUGGCCUCGGCCGCGCAGCCGUCGGUUGUCGACUGGUGAUGGCUUUUCUUCUCCUCGGGCCGUCGCGUUGUGUGUGGACACACGCGGCCCCGGCGCGUACAGGAUUACGUACACUGCACUGGUAUUGUGGGUCGGAAGAUGCACUGUCGCCGCCCCUGGUCUCACGGUGGUAAAGUCAGGUUGUUCGUUUUACGCACGUGGCGGCGCUUUUGUAUGCGAGCACGAGGUAUUUUCUU